ACUAACACAUACAUACAUGUACAGAUACCUAUAUACUACCGGGGGAGAUACCAACACUCGAGAAUCAUACAUAGAACAAUCUCACGUGACUAUAAUGUAUAGGUGAUACGGAAUUAUCAUCAUGCAUAUUUCCAGGAUAUCAAUAUUAAUACUGAGUUGUUUGGGAUGUGUGAGGGCUGUAUUCAAUACAACACUCGCCAACGACAUCCACACAGCAGUGAUGACCAAUUAUAACUACCUAGUCCGUCCUUCGGCCACGGUCACCGUCAGGGCCGAGCUCAGUGUGCUGACCAUCAACGACGUGGAUAUUAGGGCACAGAAGAUGUCCUCUUCCGGCUGGAUAUCGUUUUACUGGACCGACAGUCGCCUUACCUGGACACCCGCCAGCUACGGAGAUAUAGAAUACAUAUAUCUAGCAGCCUCCAAGAUAUGGAAGCCCGAACUCGUCGUAGAUAAUACUGUUGGCGAGAUAGAGACCUUGGGUUCAUCAGAUCUUCUGUUUCGGGUGAAGUAUACCGGCGAGGUGAAAUGGGAUCCACCUGGUGUGUAUGAAACCCAGUGUGAAAUAGACAUUACUUGGUAUCCAUUCGACAAACAGAAAUGCAGCAUCGAACUCACGAGCUGGGGUUUUAUAUCAAAUCACGUGACAUUGGAACAUCACGUGACCUACGUCAAUAUAGAGGAUUACGAAUCAAACGGGGAAUGGAACCUCUUGAGUACGGAGCUUUCCUCCAGUACACUCACAGAGGAAGGGGAGACUUUCUCCCAGCUUGUGUUCUCCAUGGAGAUACAGCGGAGAUCAGGGUACUACAUCCUCAACGUCAUAUUCCCGAUAACACUGGUCGCCGUGUUGACGACGGUGACGUUUUUGCUUCCGGCCGACUCUGGCGAGAAGAUCUCUUACAUCCUAACUAUCCUACUCGCCCUUGCUGUUCUCCUGACGAUCAUAGCUGACGCCAUGCCUACCACUUCCCUACACACCUCCGUGCUGGGUGUGUAUUUGUCAGUAACCCUGAGCUACGCCAUGAUAGCGAUUGUCAUCACAGUCCUCACUCUCCGUCUCCAAGUAAAACCUGAAGGCACAAAAGUACCAAGAUGGCUCCAGAAACUCUGUACAUCCUGCUUAGUAAAGAUAAUAUGCUACAAAAAGGACGAUGUAGUAGAGCUAAAUACCAAGGACAACCAGGAAACCGAGGAUAUUAAAAAAGAGACAAAUAUCAAAAAGAUCAUGAAAGAAAAGCUGAAGAGAAAACCAGUCACUUCGGCCUGGAACCCCGACGACGAUACUGUGAAGGAGGUUGACGAGGAAAACCCGACAGACUUUGAUGACUGUCCCUAUAACAAUAAAGAUGUGGCGGAGAUCAUUGACCGCUUCUUUUUCUACCUUUACGCUGUACUAAACUUGUUGACAACAGCAGCAUUUAUGAUUGUGCUAGGGGUGGGAUCCGCCCAAGCCUCUUAGUACAGCUCACGAGUAUCGAAUGUACAGCCGACAUGUUUUGAUCAAUCCACUUCAAUUUACCUUCUUAUAUGAAGUGGUGUGUUGAUUGCAAUGCCACGUUAUUUUUUUUUUGAUUUAAUCGCUGGACCGGCAAAACGGUAACAACAUCUGGUAAAACAUUUUUUGACAUUCAAAAUUUGAAACAGUUUAUCAUUUUCUAGCGAUUUAGAUGUAGUAGGUCUGUGAUUAAGGAAUGCUAUCGAUGACGUCACUAUUCAAAAUGACACGUCUGAUGGCAACAAAGUGGAAAGUCACACAAUGCAUUUAGCGCCAAAUGGCUAACAAAGAUCAUCGAAACACUUGCGUGUAUUCCAGAUUUGGAACAUAUAUGCUGCCAUAGUUUUGUAAUUCGUAGUUUGUAAACAAGAAAGUCCAUUAACUGGAAAAAAACCGUGUCAAUAUCUUAUAAUGCUGACGACCGUUUUUUCACACAAUGUUGAUUUUAUCCAAGAGCCUGUUGAUACAGCAACCAAAACUGGCGAAUAUGAUCGUUUGUUGUAUCACUGAACUGUUGUCUUUAAUCACAAGUAAUCUUGUAAUCACAGUUUCCCGAACCCAAGAUGAAUUUUGCAGCUAUUUUGUGGGUAUCUUUUUUUUAACAACUUUGCUUCAAUGUAACCGAUAUGCAAAUUUAAGGAAAUAGUUUGUAAUAAAGAUAGUAAAUCGUUGUGCUCUUAUGAAAUCACCAAUUGAAUUACUCUUUCCAGAAAAAAAUAAAGCUUGUGACCACUUCUAAAACUUUCUC